UAUUCUACCCCAACAUUUCUUUGGGAAACUCAGAGAGAGAGAGAUGGGAAUUUGGGAAGGUCUGCUGCCCGUCGUCUUCGUGGUGGUGAGUGUGAUUGGGGCCAUUCGACAGCCAAUUGUUGAGGACGUUGUACAUCGCAGCGUUGAUGCUUUGUAUGGUUUUGUGUCACGGGAAUUGAGGAGAUUGUGGCGACUUGCCCUUCAAAAGAAGCCACAGGCAGUUCUCUUGGAUCAAGGGCGAGCGAGCCUAACGAUCGACGAAGAUGAGAAGAGAUGUUAUAUGAUUGGAGCGAGGGGACUCAAAAUUGGGAAUGGAAAAUUUCAGGCACAUUGGACCUGGGCACCUCACCCUUGCACCAGGGUUCUGGAGGUUGCUGAACUUGUAUCUGUGUGGUGGCUGGGGUUUCGACUCAGAAACUUUCGAGCAAAGAUGAAUCUUGAGAUGCUUUCCCCAAGUACCACCUAUGUUGUCUACCUUGUGUUCAAAAUUGCGAGGGAUUCCCGUGGGUUAUCUGGCCCGGCAACCGCAGCAAUUAGAACAUGGGAGUCAGCAGUCAAAACUAAAGGACCAAGAUGCACUGUAUUUUUUAUGAACGGCGACCAUGAGACCGAAGAGUACCAUGCUCCGCAGGAAAGAAGUGAUGGGUGGAUGGAGAUUCGUCUGGGCGAAUUCUUCGUCAAUCGUGAAAAUUAUCGGGUCUUAUGUUUGAAAUUCAAGUUGGUUGAGGACAAAGAUAUUGAAAAGAAAGGCCUCAUUAUCCAGGGAAUUGAGUUUAGGCCUAAACAAUAUAUGUAAUAUACGUGUUUUGUCGAUCGGCCUCCCGCUCCAUGAUGAGGCCUUGUUAGCAAUUUUCUGUUGGUGUCUGGUGAGCCUACAUAGAUCAUAAUAAAAUUAAACAUUGUAUAUUGUCGAAUAAGGCUUGAGUGAUGUCGGUAUUAACCAAAAAAUUGUGAUCGUUCAAUCAAUGUAACCCGGGUAAUGGACCCGUCUCUAUUAGCA